CAUCAUAAACGAGCAGCCCCGCAGGAGAAUGUAAACGCGUCCUGUCCGUCCUCCUCCUCCUCCUCCUCACCAUCAUCUUCAUCAUCAGUCCAGAGAGACCCGCGCUUAUGAUUAAAGCUCAGGUUCGCGUCACUCAUCAUCAGCUGGAAUUAAUGAGUUUGUCAGUGAUUAAAGAGCCUGUGUGCUGCUGAUGAACUGGGCUGGAUUCUGCCUCUUCACCGCUCUGCCCUUAAAAUGGAGUUUGUGGAGAGGAAGCGGAGCAGGAAAUCGCAGAGCUUUAAGCUGGUGAAUGAUGCAGAUUUUAGCCAUGAAAUGGAUGAUGUAGACCAGAAUGGCACUGACGGGGAUGUCCUGGAUGCUUCUGAGACUGAAGUCUGGUUAGGUGAUGAAGGGAUGGAGAUAAAGAAGCAGAUAACAGGCAUGAUGCGCUUGCUGAGUGACAAGACAGGACGAGUGUACCAGCGGGUUGGACGAGAGGGUGAGACCCUCAAACAGGAGCCUCAGGAGGAGGCUCUCAGCCUGCCUGUGGCUCAGAGCCCAGCCCCUGAACAUCUCCAGUACGGCUGGAGCUCAGUCCUGAUGACUCACGGGAAGUACGGCACCCGCUCCAAAACCCAGAGGAUGCUCAACCACUCGAAAGCUAAUGACAUGGCCUUGCCCCCUGCGCCUGCUGCCAUGGCAACUGAGCCCAGCUGCUGUAUGUGCAACUGCAAGAGCACCCUGCAGGCCAUUUUGCUGGAGUUACGUACCAUGAGGAAACUAAUCCAAACUCAGAGAGGAUCCCAGGACAAACGGGGCUCCCAGGUCUCGCUCUCGUCCCGAACCUCCAUCUCCAGGAGGAGGAGCCGAAAGAGGAGGCCGGGUCACAGAGUUACAGUUCUGACCACGCCCAUUAAAAGAACCACACCUCCGUCACCACCCGCUGAGACCGAUGCUGUUAAUGAGUGUAAUCAGUCAAGAGUGGACACGCCCCCAACAGUGACAUCAUUUAUCCCAGAUCCCAUUCCCAGUGCCAAGAUUUCUCCCUCUCACUACAGCGUCACCAGAGGCCAAAGCACCACAGAGCCGGAGGUGCAGUUGGCUGAGGAUUAUGACGUAUUUAUUCCUAAAGCACAGUUGGACUCUAUCUUACUGAACUACACUCGCUCUGGCAGCCUGCUCUUCAGGAAACUGGUGUGUGCAUUCUUUGAUGAUACCACACUGGCAAACUCACUGCCCAACGGCAAGAGGAAGAGAGGUCUGAACGACACCAGGAAAGGACUCGAUCAAAACAUAGUCGGAGCCAUUAAAGUGUUCACAGAAAAGUAUUGCACAGCCAAUGGAAUUGAGAAGCUUCCUGGCCCCAGAGACUGGGUCCAGAUUCUGCAAGACCAGAUUAAACUCGCACGUCGACGCUUAAAAAGAGCAGAGACAGCCUCAGACAGUAGUGAUAUUCAGCACAAAACAGAGAAAUGUCAGCAAACUGUUGAUAAAGUGGAAACUGUGACACAAAAUGGUGCUGCUUAUGAGAGAACAGAAUGUCUAGUUGCUAUGGACACUGCCUGAGAAGAGAUUGUUUUCAAAAAAAUGCAACCUCCGACCCCCGCAAAGGAGUCAUUUUUAAUUGUUUUGUCCGUCUAGACUGUAGCACGUACGGAGAGACGAGGCUUUGAAAUUCUCACGGUCAGCUGUGCAACAGACAGAAAGUUUGUUUGGAAAGAAACAGCAACGUUUUGCUGAUCAGUUAGUGUUCCAGACUGCUAUGAACACACUUUUAUAACACAAGUACUCUCAUUUGAUCAUUUUAAAGUGGGUGGUCUGUCCCAGAUGUCACUAGUUGUCUUCUAGGAAGUGUUUGAAGUUUUUCAGCGUCAUCCAAAUGCUUCACCAACAAAUAUCAGCAGGACUGCUGAGAAAACAUGACUGUGCCUUUAAUUCACUCUGCCAUGCCAAGCAACAAACUGAUGUCAUCUCACAAUUGUGCUGUUUAUUGACAGUGGCAUUUUCUAUAUUAAUAGUACUUAAUGUCAUAUUCGCUGCACAUAGUCUUACUAAUGUGUUGUUGGUUAUAUAAUCUGGCAGACUGGUGAUGUAGACCUGUAACUGUUUGACUUCCUGUGUAAGAGGAUUUAGUGUCUAUUGAAUGUGUACAAAUGAGUGAAUAUGAACAUUGUCCUGCGUCUGUGUAACAAGGGUUUUUACCUCACUGUCAAAUGCUUGAAUAACUAUUCAUGUUAAUAUCCGGGUUGAAUAAAAGUUAAGCUGUUUGGGCAGCAUCUGGGGCUCGAUUCAUGUCUCAGGUUGUAAAAGCAAUCCUAAAACCGCACGUACGGAAAUGCACUUACAUUGUACACCUGGCCCAUAGACUUCCACUGUAAGUGCAUAACUGUCCACUCAAACUGAUGUUUGCUUUGAUGAACUGAGAUAUGAAUCAAAGCGAAUGCCACUGAUGCUGUUGAUAGAGCUUUAAUGGAACUAUUCCUUUAAGAGAACAGAUGUUGUGUCUGUGCCUCCUUUUUAAUAUUCCUGUUUAAAAAAAAAAAAAAAGAUUAACUUUAUGUUUAUUAGUGGAAAGUUGUUUGGUCCGAGACGUCAAAUAAUAAAUAUGGCUGUGUCUUACAUGGUUGACCUAAACUUGA